UCGGGGUAAGGGCGGAAGUGGCCUCCACCGCGUCCAGCUGCAGCGUCGUCUCCGUCGGGUGCAGAGCCAUGGAUCUCAGUGGAGCCCAGGCAGGUGGGGGACCGGGCCGGAGGACCGGCAGCCCCUCUAGGGGGGGACCCGGUCCCGGACCGGGACCACAGACCCCCCCCAGGCCCAGACUGAAGGUCACCCCGUUCCACAACAGCCCCAUCGUGUCCCGGGACGGACCUCUGCGCAGGAAGAGAGCAGCAGCCGGGGCCUCUCCUGGGGGCCCGGUCCUGGGGGCAGCAGCUCUGCCUGGGGGCCCGGCCAGAGAGAGGCCCGGUCCUGGUUCUGCUGGUUCUGCCGGCCCCCCCACCACCACGGCCGGGAGCUGGGAAGAGCAGAGUCCAUCUUCAGGACCCCCUCAACAAACGGCUGCAACAGCACCACCUGCAGGCAGGAAGGCACCAGCUCUGGCCCCGGCAGUCAAGACCCGGUCUGGGCCGCUGGCCAACGCAAAGCCUUAUCACAGCCGCAAAGGCCAGGAAUGGAGAGCUGCCGCCGCCGUCAAAGCUCCAGCGGGUGGGAGGAGGAAGAAGAGGAAGAUGGGAACGUACAACCUGGUCCCCAAGAAGAAGGCCAAGGUUAAGCACCAGGAGAAGAAGGAGGAGCCAGAGGCGGCUGUGGAGUUCCCAGCUGUGACGGAGGAGGAGUCAGGGACCCCACACAAGGCCGGUGUGGGGUGCCAAACUGUGAAGGAGGAGGAACCGGUGACCCCACCAAACGCCGCCCAGGCUGGGGAGAAGAGGGCGAUGAGGGGAGAGUCUCCGGUGGCCUCUGGAGCGGGGAGCCACGCCGAGUACACGGAGCUGGCCCUGGACUGCCUGGACCUGAAGGCCCAGCAGGAGCUGCUCUCUCCCCCCCUCGCAGGUCUGGCGGCGGAUGCUGAGUCUGCAGGAGGAGACCUGGCGGAGGAGCUGCCUCUGUGCUGCUGCCGGAUGGAGACGCCCAACGGAGGGUGGAGCUCCUCCACCCCCGACCAGACCUGCAUGGCCAUGGAGAGCAGCGACGGGACGCUGAGUCGUUGUCAGAGAGCGGUGAUGAAGCAGGAGAUGAUGAGACCGUCCAACACGGUGCACCUGCUGGUUCUGUGUGAGGACCACCGGGCCGGCAUGGUGAAGCACCAGUGCUGCCCCGGCUGUGGACUCUUCUGCAGGACGGGAACCUUCCUGGAGUGCCGGCCUUACGGCAGCAUUUCCCACCGCUUUCACCGCAACUGCGCCUCCAUCCUGAAGGACCGCAGGUUCUGCCCCCACUGUGGAGAGGACGCCAGCGGGGCGGUGGAGGUCACGGCCUCCAGGGCUGACCCGUCCCCCUCCGUACCCAGAUCAAACCUGGGGCCGUCUCUCCCCGCCGUGGCCACCCUGCCGUCAGUCCCAACCUCGCCCGCCGUGCCUCAGAUCCUGAGAGCAAAGAAGAGCAGUGUGCCCCGGAGGAACAGAGACGAGAGCCCCAGCAGGUCCAAGGACGAGGCUGCACAUCCUGCAGACAGGCUUCCCAAAGAGACGCUGGAAAACAUCCUGAUGGCGUUGGACGAUGAGAAUCUGAAACCGAAGAAGGCCAAGUACCCCACCAGGCAGCUGUACGUGUCGGCCAAGCAGGGAGACCUGCAGAGAGUCAUCCAGCUUCUAGUUGAUGGAAAGGACCCCAACUUUGUGAUGGAGGGUCAGAACAAGCACACCCCACUUCAUGCAGCGGCCGCUGAGGGUCACCAGGAGAUCUGCCACAUGCUUGUCCAGGCUGGAGCCAACGUGGACAUGUUUGACGAGGAGCACCGGACCCCGCUGAUGGCAGCCUGUGAAAACAACCACCUGAACACGGUGAAGUACCUGCUCAGGGCCGGAGCUGCCGUCGGACACAAGGACAUCGUGGGUUUCACGUGUCUGCACCUGGCGGCCAAACUGGGACACUACGACGUGGUGCAGCAUCUGCUCAGCAAGGCGUCCAAGUACAUCAACUAUCAGGACGACGGCGGCUGGACUCCCAUCACCUGGUCCAUCGAGCACAAAUACAAGGAGCUGGUGCAGCUGUUCCUGGCCAAAGGUUCUGACGUGAACAUCAGAGACAAGGAGGAGAACGUGUGCCUGCACUGGGCCGCCCUGGUGGGCUGCGACGACAUCGCCCAGUCCCUGCUGGAGGCGCGCUGCAGCCUGGACUCGGUCAACGUCCACGGAGACACGCCGCUGCACGUGGCCGCCAGGGAGAGCCACCUGGACUGUGUGAUGUUGUUUCUGUCCCGCGGAGCGGACGUUACCCAGAAGAACAAGGAGGGACUGACCCCUCUGGACUCGUGCCCCGGCGGCUCCAAGGUGUGGGCCGCCCUGGACACCAACAAGAAGCUGACAGACGCACGGAGAGGACGGGCCAGCCAGGGGGAGAGACUCCUCUGCAGGGAUAUUUCUCGGGGCUACGAGGCCGUUCCCAUCACCUGUGUUAACGGGGUCGACAGCGAGCCGUGCCCUGAGAACUUUAAAUACAUCCCAGACAGCUGCACCACGUCCCCGCUGCACAUGGACAAGGACAUCACUCACCUGCAGCACUGCAGCUGCACAGACGACUGCUCCUCCAGCACCUGCAUGUGCGGCCAGCUCAGCCUGCGCUGCUGGUACGAUAGUGACGGCCGGCUGCCGCCGGACUUCUGCCAGUGGGAGCCGCCGGUGCUGUUUGAGUGCAACCACGCCUGCUCCUGCUGGAGGAGCUGCAGGAACCGGGUGGUGCAGAACGGACUCAGCGUGCGGCUGCAGGUGUUCAGGACCCCCAAGAUGGGCUGGGGGGUGAGGGCCAUGCAGGACCUUCCUCAGGGAACCUUCAUCUGCGAGUACGUCGGGGAGAUCAUCGCAGAUUCAGAGGCCGACAAGAGAGAGAACGACUCCUUCCUGUUCACUCUCGACAACAAGGUGGGGGACGUCCACUGCAUCGACGCCCGGCUCUUCGGCAACGUGGGCCGCUUCAUCAACCACCUGUGUGAGCCCAACCUGCUGGCCGUGAGGGUGUUCACCACGCACCAGGACCUCCGCUUCCCCCGGAUAGCCUUCUUCUGCAGCCGGCCCGUCAGAGCCGGAGAGCAGCUGGGGAUGGACUACGGGGACAACUACUGGAGGGUGAAGAGCAAGUACCUGAGCUGCCAGUGUGGCUCUCCCAAGUGCCGCCACUCCGCCGCCGGCAGAUAGACCUUCUUCUGACCUCUGACCUUCCUGCUGACCUCUGACUUUCCU